ACACGCACGCACGCACGCACGCACACGGACGGACGCUGCCUGCUUCUCUUUUAAAUCCACCUGUUCAUACCUCUCCCGACGCGCUCCGCUCUGCGCUGCCGCUGAUAGGUUUGUCAGCGGCAGAAAGCGGCAUUUAUUAACGCCUGGCGCAUAAGUAGCAAGCAGCAGCUCUCCAAGCCGGCAGCAGAGCUCAGCACUCGGGCUGUUGCAGGGGGCUCCGCUGGAUGGAUUACCUCCCGGUGCUCCUCUCCUGGAUGGGUUUGCGCAUCAGCUCCUCACAUCAGUCGCCGCUCAUCUCCACCGCGUGUCUAUGAUUACAUGAUCACCUCGCCAAGACUGUGGACACCGAUCGCCGAUCAUGCGCUGAUUUGAGAGCAGCUCUGACCUCAGAGUCUCAUCACCGCUGCCGACUGACCAUCUGGAGAAGGUUUUUCUGCAACAAAUAGUUGCGAGGGGGCCAAGUCAUGGUGCCUCGGCUGUCCAUGGCACCGUGAGAACUUUCUUCCUCGUCCCUCUUGUUUUUUUUUUCCCCCCAUCCUCUUUGUUUUGUUGUUUUUAGAUGUUUGUCAGCGGGAUCGUGCUUCCUUGGGAAAUUAUCCACCGUUUCCCCUUUCAAUUAUGUUCACUUUUGCUGCCUUCUGCUACAUGCUGUCUCUGGUCCUCUGUGUGUCCCUGAUCUUUUUCGCAAUAUGGCACAUAACAGCUUUUGAUGAGCUCCAGGCUGACUUCAAGGUGCCUAUCGAUCAGGGCAACCCACUCCAUGCGAGGGAGAGACUGCGGAACAUCGAGAGGAUCUGCAACCUGCUGAGGAAGUUGGUGCUGCCAGAAUACUCCAUCCAUGGACUGUUCUGCAUCAUGUUCCUGUGUGCACAGGAGUGGCUGACUGUGGGCCUCAACAUCCCUCUGCUCUUCUACAACACAUGGAGCAGGUACUUCCAUUCCCCAACGGACACUAAGGAGCUGCUCUACGACCCUGCAUCCGUGAUGAACGGCGACACGCUCAAGUUCUGCCGGAAGGAGGCCUGGUGCAAGCUGUCCUUCUUCGUCCUUUCCUUCUUCUACUAUCUCUACUGUGUGUGGAACCUGGAAAUAUCCCUCUAAUAGGUCUUAUCAAUGGAAACACUUAAAGCUCAUUUUGGACUGACCUGCUGUUUUUGAGACCACUGACAGCAGCAGCAGCAGUGAGGUAUUUUAUAGUAUAAGGUGAAGGUUGUAUUCACUUUUAAUUCCACCAAGUUCAGGAUCCCAAUCCCAAGCAAUGACUGAAUUAGGUUGCAGAGAAAUGGCAUAUUAUAUCAUCAAAACUGGAAUUUGAUUGAAGGCAUUUUGCCAUUCAGCCAAAAUUCAAACUGUUGUAAGGAAUAGCCCAAAUAAUAGCAUGCAUUUGAAUAAACAACUAACACUCACUGGCCCAAAUACAAGUGAAAAUCCUGCCUUGCUGUUUUAAAUGACAUUGGCCCAUCUCUGAAUCAAAUUUUCAAACCUUAAUGCACAAUGGUUCACAAUUCAAACAGUACAAACGAUUAUAAGAUACCAGCGCUACUAUUAGUAAUCCAGCGGAGGGGUGUGUCUACACUGACACAUUCUGCACAUGUAUGCUAGAAAACAUGACUUUAACCACCCAAUAGCAACUAAAAGAGCUGCUUUGCUUAACAGUUUAAAAAUGCAUACAACAGCUUAACAAGAACAAGACAGUCUACAGUACAAUACGUUUCAGAAGAAAAAUGUUCUGCUAAUCAGCCAAAUGUGGAAACGCCUGCAUUCAUUUCGUGCAGCACAUUUUGGGAAACUUAGAAUGCAUUGCAUUUACUAGAGAAAUCUGAAUUUAGAGGAUUUAACUCUUAACAAUGACAUCCACAUUUCAUAAUUGUAAGAAGAAAAUGUAAUCAUAUUUCCAGGAUAAUGUUAAAUAGAAUGCGGUUCAAGAAUUGACAGCAGUAUUGCCAGAUUUUGGGCUACUUUUUAACUAGAAUUUUAUCAUUAUUGUAGAUGUAAUUGCCAAAAAACCUUGAUAAACCCACUUUGAAAUCACAGAAACCGACACUUCAGAACUUGCCUAAGAAUCAUGAGGCUUUUUUUUUUUACAUUUCUUCAAUGUAAAAGUUGUCUGUCACAUGAAAUAGAACAUAACAAAGAGAGACUUUUAAGAGCUAAUUUGGUGGAAUUGAUUUACGAAAAUGUGAAACAAUGUGAGCCUAAAAAAAUGCUGUAGCCCACAGUGUAACAUUAGCCAUCGUGUUUAUUUUCAAGUUUAAGUGCUGUCUUAAACAGUAUUCAUAAUUAUAAAAUAAGGCCUCAAAAGUUGUUUCAGUGUAUAAUUUUUUAUAACCCAUAACCCUUGUAGAACUCGACUAAAAUCUGUUCCUGAACUGUUGCUAUCAACUAGUACAACAUAGCAAGUCUUGAAAUGUAACCAUAACCCACUGAAAGGAUGACCCAAGCUGCAUAAAAUCACACUUUAGUUUACUGAAAGACUUGUUUUCUUGAUAUAGAUCCAGAUAAUCACUUUAAGAAGUGAACUCCAAUUGCAUGCAGCUACAGUGAUGUUCAGCAUAGCAGCUUGUUUUGGUGAACACGGUUGAAUUGGAAGUGAAGCAGCCUGAAACCUGCCGUGUGGAACUUGUCUGUUUUCUUGACCCUUCUUUACCCACCGCUCUCCAAAACCAAACGCCCUCACCUGCAUCUGUGACCUAAAGAUCCCUCACGCACUCACAAUAAAUCUUACCGACACACAAACACACUCUCACUGAGACAAACCCCCGUGUGCUGCAUACACAUAAUGAAAUCGUGCAUGCCCUCGCAGACACAGAUGAACCCGGCUCCACCUGGGCAACGGGUGAUUCAGAAUCCUUUUGGGUUUGCUCUGUGGAGCUUAUCUGGUGCAGAUGAUCCACUGCAAUUACUCUGUACAUCGUGAUUUUUGUCCAUCUGGGCACAGCAGGAGGACAGACGUACAGGCUCAGAGGGCAUGGACGAGGUUUAGAUCUUUCUGAAAUGGCUUCAUCUGUGGCUUCAUCGUCUCUUUAGUGAGAUAAAUCAGUGAAACCUGCAAUAGUGCAUUAUAAUAACAGCUAAUAAACCUUUCAAAAUUCAAGACAACCCGAUUCUGCAUCAGCCCCAGGUGAGCUCUGUGCUAUCUCACCCUCCUCAGCUGCACUUUCUCCUGACACUGGAUGAUUAUAAAGCUCCUCCUGACUAACAGACUCCCUCUUGGAGUGUAAGCUUUGAUCUCUACCCUUCGACCGCUCACCUUCUUUCUUCCCUCUUUCCUCUUGUCACUGCUGUCACAGGAUGCUGUGUGGAUUGUGGUGCUCCCCAGUAACCAACACCUUCUCUCCCUUUGUAAGAUGAAUAUAGGUUUUCUGUGUUUGCUCGGCUUGUGGUCCUUAGCAUGUCUUUUCCUUCACACUCAAGGUUAACAUGGGCUCAUUAAGAGGACAGAUGUUAAAUAUAUAAAUGACAUAAAAUGUUUCAUCACACAGCGAAUGGCCUCACCUUAAAUUACCACAUAAAUCCUUAAUGAGAACAUACACUGUGCAUAAACAUAAUUAAAGUCUGCAUAUUUCCAGCAUCAUCUGUGGUUCUGAGCUGAGCAACUGAGCCAGAAACUCCAUUUGGGAUUAUACUGGUGCAGCUACUGGGCUAAUAUCCAUAGCCAGAAGCAAACCUGUUCACUCACUAUUUUCUCUUAUAUUACAUUGUUCAAUGAAGUGUAUGUUUCAUUGGACCGGGUACGAUUUGAAAUGUUUGCCGCUGUGAUGCCUUUGUAUUUGGUAGGAAACAUAUGUUAAAAAUGGCUACUGAAAAGUAGCACUACAGGGCAGAUAUUGUACGACUGGAUUUCAGUUUGGUUAAUUUCGUUCCACUAAGUUCUCCGAAAUAUAUGAACUUACGUGAUAUAUGGUAUGUCUCUUACCUCUGAUACUAACCAUUGGAGCAUAUCCGCAGCAGGGGGUAUGCCAUAGAUAAACCCAUUUUAAGAAGUUCACCUUUAGGUAGCCCUUUUAUGAUGCAACAAUUCUGUGGUAGAGAUUCAAUUAGCUUUAGGUAUGUGGUCAAGUUUAUGGAAAGGGUAAUUAUUUGGGUUAAAAUAAGUACUUACGAAGAUUAGAUUACCUUCAUUGUCAUAGUUACAAUAAUAAACACACUAUUUAGAUUAUGGAACGAACUUGGGUAUAAGAAACGUUGGUGUUUUGUGAUCUCCCCAUGUUAAAGUGCAAUAUUUCAGUAUUACAAGUGUCAUUACUUUUAGCCAGAACAUCACAACCGCUCAACUGAACAAGUUCAAACUUGACACUGCACUUGUUUGGGUCUUCAGCAGCUCACUCGCCAAGUUUUACGUAGAUUGUGUAUAUAGUUUUGGAGAUAGUUAAAGAACAGACAGACACACAGACAGAUUUCCUCAUUUAUUGUGCAACUGAAAGCUGGGCUCAUGUUGCAGCAAACUCUAACUCAGUGGCAACAUUAUACUACAGAUUUCUUGGAGAAAUUCACCUCUCUUCAAACAUGUUAUGACUUUUAAUAAGAUGUUUUCUAAAAACACUUUGUUGACAAAAUUUAGUCAUUAUAUCAGGUAGCGCCAUCACCCCUGUCCUCUCAACCACAGCAUGACUGAUAUCCACUGCAACUCAUAAGUACAAGAUCGUUUCCUGUAAUUAGAGUAACUGAUCUAGUGUUUAGAAGAUAGUAAGUUACAAUUUAGCAAAAGGUCUCGAGAAGAUUUUUAUUUUACAAAUGCAGGCACUUUUGCACUGUAUGCGUCUUCCGAGUUGUACAGUCCUGGUGUCAAACCAAAGUAAGCUGCUUAAAAAUACAGAUUCACUGACUUACGAUCUUUCCCUGAUUCUGGUUUUUCAGCUUUCAAUUUUAUAUUUACUGCUUUCUGGCAGGAACAAGCAGUGACUUUCAGAUUUUUGCCUAUGAAAAUUUAAAAACUAGUCAUAUACAUAUUUGUGACCAAAAUUUCAUAUUCAGUCCUGUUAAUCUAAUUUUCAGUUCAUCGCUACAUUUUGUCGAGAUGGUAGAAGAAUGUAGUUUUGUAUCAUAUAUGCCAAAAAAUAUUUUUAAGUGUGAAAAGCCUAAAUUAAACUGAUUCAGUAUUAGAUUCAAAUUAAAUGAACUGCAGAAUGGAUGUAAAAGUGUAAUCCAUGCAUUUCAAGCUCGUAUUGUGCCGAGGCUAUGGCACUGUGUUCCAUGGCAAUUACAAAACAGGUAUCGAGAGGUGGAUUAGUCUUUUCCUAUGUGUGUUUCACCUCACACAUUACAUGCCAGGCUGAACUGCGCUCUAAUUAGAGUUACAAUAAUUGGACAUUCUCUCCUUAGCACACGUUGUUCCUGUUUAAUUUGAGGUGUCAUGUGAGGAGCAUUUGCACAGAACUAAUCCGCCUCAUAUUUUCUCUGUUGAUCAUGCAACUUAAUUGGACAUUUAUAAUGCAAAUCCACUUCUAUUAACUUGGAACUUGUGAGAGAAACCCCCAAACCCAGCAAGAAUUUUGCUAAUGCAGAGAUUCUAUUAUUAUUAUUAUUCCUCUUGUCUGUGUAUAAACCUUAAAAAUGCAAGAAAAUGAAGCAGAAGUGGUUUUUUUUGUCUUGACAAAAACUCAAGACAAAAUGAUAAAUAAUCCUGGAUAUUUAACAGGCUAAACAGUGAUAUCAGCUUUUCUAUUCUCAUGCAGCUCCAAAUCUGUGAGGCUUCCUCAUGAAUCGAGUCAUAUUUUAGCAUAUAUUAUGUUCAGUUAGUGUCUAAUUAGUCUGUAAAAGUGAAGGAGCUGUAAUUUAAAGAGAUACAAGUCAAUCUAGCAAUUAAUGAAGGCAGUUCUCAGAGGGUUUAAUGGGAGGAGGGCGAGUCCCUGAGGUUAAGCCAAGCAGUUCACUUCUGAUCCGUCUCUUCCUGCCUCUCUCUCUGCAGCACAUUUUCUGCCCUUCUCUGUGUCUGUCCAUGGAUAUUCAUGAGUCAACAGAGUGAACUUGCUGCCUUCUCACCAGCAGAGAUUAACAGAGGUGUGAGGAGCUGACAGAGGCCUGUGGGAUGAACACAAACGUUGGGAGUUGUUAGUUACUGUCAGUGAGGUGCUGAUCUGUUCUUGUCAAGUCACAGCUCAGCGAGACAAGUGUCGAAUCCCCAAUCUGUGAUUUGUUCUGUCGCUGUUGUUGUGUCACACGGUCCUUCAUUAUUCUCCUUUUUUUCCCAGGUGAACAACACAGGCUCUAUGAUCAAAUACUUCUGUAAUACUUCAUGUUCACCGCAGUGCGACAGAAGAUCGUCAGUGUCAGUGGUCGACGUAUAGAAAUCACACUGCCACUUUGCUGCAACUGUGUGUUUGACAGCUUGUUUUGCACAUGCUCAUUGCAUUACAUGAUGCUCAUCAGCUUUUGCUUUUUAUGUUGCAUCCAGUGGCAACUUUUCUGCAGACUUUUAGGAAAUAAUAUUUGAAAAAAGCAAAACAAACAUGCCAGGAAGGAUUGUUGUUUUUACAUGUUUAGGUCAUAGUAAAAACCUAAUAAUGUAAAAAUUUUGAUAUUUAAUGGAGAAAAUUGUUACAAAAAGGAGUUACAGAAUGGUAGCAUGUGUCAAUUACAGGACUUGAACAGGUCUGUGGUCAAAUAUGAAUGUGUUUUUGUUCCGCCUUUAACCCAGAUGAGUUAUUAUUCUAGUUACAGAUAUAUUUCUUUUCACGUAUUAGGAAUUCCCUGCCUUUAACAGCUUACCUAUGUAAUAUAAGAAAACUGAGACAUUCCCUAAUAAACUUAAAUAGGAUACAUUUUAAUACCACAUAAUCCAUUCAAAGGUACUAGGAUAUUCUCUCAAAUGUAUGUGCAUUAUUUAUAUUUGUAAUUAAUGAUUCAGGAAUAAUUUCAGCUUAUUUCAGUCUCUCAUCAUUGUGGCUCUAUGGGUCCUGCUAAUUUUACACUCCAUUAGAGACUUGGGUGAUAUAGGAGUUGCACAAAACAGCAUGUGAAUAGUAUAUAUCAGGGCGACUAGCUCGAGCUCCUUGCUGUUUUCCAAGAACAUAUUUUUGUUCGACCAAAGGUAAAAAUAUCAGCCGCCAGUUUGCUAAUUGCAUUAGGAACAACUUCUGGCCCAACUAAUCCCUCUGCAUUAGGUCAGUAGGCAUGUUUAUCUACAAACACUGUGAGGCAGAUAGUAGCAGGUACAAUUCUGUCCAUUUUCUGUAAAACACACAAGGCUGCAAUAGUUAUCAAAUCACUCUCCUCUAUAGACAUGUGGCAGUUUGCUGAGACCGGUAUCAGCGGGUUCCAGUCUUAACUUUUCCUCCUCAGUUGGCAGCAGAAUGGUAAAUGUUAAAUGGAUUUGCACUUAUGGGCACCUUUUAACCUUAGCUAGGUUCUACAAAGCAGCUUGCAAUGUGUUUCCGCACACCAGUGGAGGUUUGCCAACCACUAGAAGCAGCUUGAGGUUCAGUGAAUUACCCAACCUUUUGAUUCGGAGACAACCUGUUCUUACAACUGAGCCACUGCUGCAGGAACACCAUCAGUUUCCAGCUGUUUUUCAGUAUGUCCUGUUUUUUUUUCCUCUGCCCCCAACCACUGAGUAUGACCUUCCAUCUGAUUUAACUCCUUAUCUGUAGAUUCAAGUUCUAAUAAAUACAGCCAGCCAUCAAAACUGAAAUGCACAGAGUGAGUAAGGUUUGUAGGCAGAUAUCCCUGGAUGGAGAUCCCUAAUGCUUUUGGCAAAAUGGCUGUUACAGGUGGCUAAUUUUAGACUCAUAAACAAACAUUUAAAAUGAUUACCAUUUUUUUAAAAAAAUCAAAAUUUCUAGAAAGCGACAGGGAACUCGUGCUAGUCGGUAAAAGUUGAACAUCAUUUACAGUUGCCUCAUUUAUAUAAUAGGAAUUAAAACAAACCAGAUGAGUCUCACUGUGACUCUUUGGAUGAAUAAAUAUUACAUUGACACGUUUUGAACAACCAUAUUCAGGUACUUCCUGUUUGAUAUCAUAUUGUUACCAAAACACAUUAAAUACCAAUACAUUCAGACUAGUCAGCAACUAUACAAGUCAUGACCAGCACUGUGCACUACAGCUGAUCUGACGGCACUGGUUGGCUACACUGUAGAUAAAGUCUUUCUUUGAGUUCCAGCUCUCUCAGUCCUUCAUGUUCUACGUUAUAUUCUAAAACUACUCAGACCCUUGUUUAAAUGCAAAGUAAAUCUACAUCACUCCACUUCUUGUGUGGACUGAAAGUUAAAUUAAAUAUUAAUUGAAGAAGUCAGAGCACUUUCUUGUUGUUUCCAAACACUUAAGGUCUACGGUGCGAACCUCUGCACACGGACUUGAUGCAUAAUUCGGCCUUUUUGAAAAACACAGCAUAAGUGUGAAUAAUUCAGAUUAUGAUGGAGAAGCAUUAAAGAAAGAGUGCAAGCAAAAGUUUGCUGUCAGAAGAUAAAUAGGCCCACUUCUGCAUCUCAAACAGACAGACUCCCCCAUUAGAUGUGCAGGCAGCAGAGACUGCAGUAUCGAGAUGAAUCACCGGGAAAACUGACUAUGGAUCAGUGAGAUCAAUGGACAAAGACACCUGAAGGCUUUAUCUGAAAGAGGAAAUUAGUAGGCCAUUAGUCGAUUUGAACUAUUGUGUGAUUUUCACUUUCUUGUCCAUCUGUGCAAUCAGAAAAGUGUUGCCUCACUUUUGUAUUUAAUGUUUCUUCUUCUUCUUGUGUUUCAGUAUGAUCUACUCCUUGGUUACCUCAUAACAACUGAUUUAUCAGCAAACCGGGGAGAACUAGAAACGCCUCUGGAUACAUUUUGUACCACAGACUGCCAGUGUAGAAAUAUAAGACAAGAAUUUUUAAAGUAAAGAAGUUGUUUUUUUGUUGUUUUUUUUUUUUUUUUGCUGUGAAGCCAAACAAUGAACUAAACUGGGGGUGGAAGCUUCUUUUCUGCUUCGUUCCCCUGCAAGAAGAAGGGACAUAUUUUAUCAUCGACUGUAUAUAAGAACUGAAGACUAAAUCUACUGUUUACAGUUUGAGUAAGACCCGAAUUUAAUCACUGCCUGGCCAACGUUUGUACCACACACACACACACACACGCACGCACACACACACAUCCACAGCCUCCUCUGUAGUGCUGCUGCUCCUGCCGUACGGUAACGGUGGCGUCCGGCAGCCGGGAGGAUGAAGAGCACAGUAGCGUUUGCACAGUUUGUCUCAGGCACAGCGUGGUGAAGCACUGUCACAGCACAGCACAGCUACACCGAACCCACCCAGCCACUCCACGAUGCCUCACCAACCGUAGCUUCACCGGUGAGUCCGGAGGGAUAGAUGGACAAGUGGACAGACGGAUCACACUGUACAGAAAAGAGAAACCGAGCUCCGGGAGGGAAAAGCGAAGAGUUUCUCGACAUCCCCCCACCCCUCCUCCCCAAAAACACACACACACACACAGUCCAUGCUUUGUGGGAUUUUCUUUCUAACAUUAUGUGAAUGACUUUUGUGACCUGUGCAUUUUGGUGUAUUCUUUAAAACAAAAGGCAUUUCUAAUUGAUCUACAGCAAAAGCUGUUCUAUACAGCAAAUGCCUUCUCAGUGUUGUCCUAGUGUUGUUCUAUCGUGGGAAAAUUUUCUAAAAACUCCAACAAAAAACCUGUCCAAGUUUUUAUAGUAGAGGAGCACACAUUCUUUGCACAAAUAGUGUCUUUUAUCUUGCACAAUAUUCGCAAUAUUUGGCUAUAUUAUAUAUUAGAGAUACUUUAUGACGGUCUAGCCACAGAGGUGAAGGUCUUCCAGUAUAUAAAGAACUUACCCAGCCCUGUUGGAGGAUUGGGGGGGAACAAUGUGAAUCUUUUCUAGCUCUCUUUACAUCAAGGACCAAAACGUUGUCUUUUCACUAUUUAAAUGAAUUUAUUUAUGUCUAUCUGUGAGAUACUGAUGGCUCGCUUCCAUGCUUUAUCUUGAACAUUCUUUUCCGACGAAACCACACCAGGAGUGAGGAGUAAACAAAGCAGGAGUUGGGGAAGGUGCCUCGCAUCAACCUGUUCCUCCUUGAUUUGAAUUAAAGCAACUGUAGCAAAUGCUAUCAGAGCAAGUCUAAGAAGAUGAUUCCCAGAGAGAAAGUUACAGAUUAUCAUCCCUGCAGCUGGGGUGAAUUCAUACUCUUCAGCAGAGCAGGUGCUUGAACCUGCAUCUUCCAUGUGUAGCACAGUUUUCUAAGCGCUGGGCCACUCUUCAAACCUUCACCACCGUCAUCAGCACUCAGUGAGCUUCAGUUGAUAAGCCGUAGCUCCAGGAGCAGAUAGGAAUACCCAGUUCUUGUUGUUUUCUCUUAUUCUAACUUGAGCAUUUUCUAUCCUUGCUGUGUAUGUAUGUGACCAACCAAGUUGAAUUUAGAUAUUGUUUAUGAAAUAAAGUAUUUUAAAAUCUAAA